AUGAUCCAACCUACAUUCAGCCAACCAGCAGACCUCUUCAGCUGGAUUGACUGCUGCCCAACCCCGCGCUCUCACCAACCCUCGGCGCGCAUUGCACCCGAUCACGACAAGUCGUGCGACCUUGUCGACGACCAACGACCUGAUCGCUUCAGCGACCCCUCCUCCCUCGGCCCGUCCUCCUCCGGCCCGCCACCUUACCCCCCCGACGACAAGGUGGAUUCAACCCGUGCUGCCGUGGCAUCCCCCGGUGCCUUGCAGAACAUCGGCAGCUACAUCACCGGCACCCUCGACACGCUCUCUGCUACUCUCGACUCCUCCAACCAGUACAUCGCUACCACACUCGGCCUCCACCCCUCCCUCGUCUACACCGCCGCUGCCGUCCUCCUCGCCGUCCCCGUCACCAUGUCGCGCUACGGCUGGUCCCGCGGGAGCCCCUACGCUUCCCAGCCCGGCGGAGUCCCCGCCAUUACCGAGGACGACUACGCAUACAUCACCUCCCAGGAUAUCGACGACGCCGGCCUGGCCGCCCCCGCCCUGAGCGCACCGCGUCGUCAGCACUCACCCGCCGCCACCGCCGACGAUGAUGUGCUGCUCAUCAAGCACCGCGGCGUCAACUACCCGACGCACUUCCCCCACGGCGCCAUCGACGACGGCCGACUCCAGGUCCACGAUGUCGCCCUGCGCGCCGGCCUCAUGAUGAGCCUCUCAGAGCGCGAGACCCGCUCUCUCAGGUUUGUCUACAAGGGUCGCCAGCUCAAGUCGCCCUCCGCCCCCGUCCGCGAAUACGGCAUCAGAAACAACAGCACUCUGAUGGCCAUCCUGCCUGAGGGUGGCGGCUUUGGCGGCCGCGCCGACGGCUCCGACGAGGAAACGGUCGUCGUCAACGAAUCCAAAUCGCAGAGGAAGAACAGGCGGCGCAAGGAGGCCAAGAAACGCAUCGAUGGUGGCGACGGCGGCGAUGACGCCGCCAGCAGCCCCCGUGACAACACGUCCAGUGCCGGCGCCAAGUCGCCGUCGCCCAUUCCCGGCGCCGCUGGCCAGAAACGCAUCAAUGAGCUUGCCGACGAGUUCAACUCAAAGUGGCUGCCGUUAUGCAACAAGUUCAUCGCAAAGCCGCCCGCCGAUCCGCGGAAGCGCACCGACGAGCACCUGCGGCUUUCCGAGACGGUCAUGCAACUCAUCCUGCUCAAGCUCGACGAGGUUGAGCCAGAGGGUAACCCGGAUGUGCGACAGAGUCGCAAAGACCUAACUCGUACUGUGCAAGACGUGUUGAGGCAGCUGGAUGUCGCCGCGGGGACUCUCGACGAGUAA